AUGGCGGAACCAAUGUUAGGUAAGGACGUUCCCAACACCAUUGAGAAAGAAAAUGUUGAUUGUAAAGAGCAAAUUUAUCUUGAAGAAACGUUUUAUAUUUUAUCCAAGAAGAAAUCUGUGUUUCGAGUUCGGUUAACAUCUAAAGGACUUUCGUUGAUUAAAGAAACUGAUGAUAGCUCUAAAGAACAAACCAUUCUUUUACGAGACAUUAUUGGCAGUAAGUGUAUGAGAAGCAAGCGCCGCCGUGCAGGGGCAGGUUCCUGUGUUUGUAGUUCACUGGUGGGGCCUCAGCAGCUCAAAGUCGUAGAUGAGAAUAGCGGAGACUUGGACGAAAGUGACAUUAGCGCUUAUCUAUAUAUUUUCGCAUACACGUUGAAGCGCAGUCGUCGCUCUUUAAAAAGGGAAAGGACAACAAUAACAUUAAGAUUCCGCUCUUUUGAUAAAUAUGAAGAUAAUUACAAAGAGGCACAAAAAUGGAGAACUAGUAUUAAGUGUUUGAUAGCCAACCAGCCUAUAACUACGAUGAUCCCACAAAAUGAUAAGAAGUUACUUAUCUUGCUUAACCCUAAAUCUGGGCCGGGGAAAGCGAGAGAGUUGUUUCAAACUAAAUCAGCUCCGUUACUCCAGGAGGCAGAAGUUCCAUAUGACCUGCAUAUUACAAAAUACGCACAAUACGCACGAGAAUUUGUUCGCACAAGAAAUGUUUACGGUUGGCGUGGUAUAGUGGCAGCGGGCGGCGACGGGGUCCUUUUUGAAAUACUGAAUGGCAUGUUUGAACGUCUGGACUGGCAACAGGCACUGGCAGAGGUGCCUCUGGCCAUCUUGCCUUGCGGCUCAGGCAAUGGCUUGGCCAGGACUAUCUGUUAUCAUUACAACGAGCCGUACAUACGAGAGAACCUCACCGGCAUCUCCAUGGGACUGGCGAGGGGCAGGGUAGCGCCCAUGGACGUCGUCAGGGUUGAAACAAAAACCAAUAUUAUGUUCUCAUUUCUGUCGGUCGGCUGGGGUCUGCUUUCCGACAUCGACAUCGAAAGCGAGCGACUGCGGGCUAUCGGUGGACAGAGGUUCGCCAUAUGGGCUCUGGCAAGAUUAGUCGGCCUAAGAAAGUACAAAGGCGUAGUUAGUUACGCUAAAAUUAAAGAUGUGAGCAAUCUUCCAAAGCCCAAACUGCCGAUCACCCUCAGCCACAGCGUCAGUCAAGACGGCGCGCUCGACUCCCCCGAUGCCGAAGCAUUCAUAGACUGCGACGAGCAUUCCGAAGUGUUCACGAACGCCGUCAAUGGAAAACAUCAGCGUGUCGAUUCCUGGUACUCAGUGAAUUCUAGGAGAAGUGCAUUUUACAGCACAAGAGGUUCUGAGUAUCACAGCGUAGCCAGCGGUGGCUCCGAGAUGCGAUCCCCGGUGCACGCGUGCAUGCACGGCCCCGCUUCCCAUCUGCCCUCCCUCAUGUCGCAGCUCCCCUCGCACUGGGUACACGAGGAGGGCGAGUUCGUCAUGGUCCACGUGUCGUACCAGGCGUACAUAGGAGAGGACUUGCUCUUCGCCCCGCGCUCGCAACUGUCCGACGGGGUCAUGUGGAUGCUUAUCAUUAAGGCGGGUAUACCCAGAUCUCAAAUUCUAUCGUUCCUCCUGGGUAUGGGUCAAGGUACCCAUUCCGAUGUAAAUACGGAGUUUAUAAAAAUGAUUCCUGUUAGUGCAUUUAGGAUAGUUCCCGAGGGACCCGACGGCUAUCUGACUGUCGACGGCGAGCUUGUAGAAUACGGUCCACUUCAAGCGGAAAUAUUCCCUAAUAUAGUCCACCUUCUUGUUCCCGACACGAAAUAA